AUGGCCCUCGCCGAGAAUCUGCUGCAGGGCCAGCCGUCGGAGUGGGCGCUGCUGAGGCGCCACCCGUCCGAGGACAUCUUCGGGGUGCAGCUGUGCGGGCCGCACCCGGACCACCUGACCAAGUGCGGCCAGGUGCUCGAUGAGACCAUUUCGGUCGACUUUGUGGACAUCAACUGCGGCUGCCCCAUCGACCUCGUCGUCAACAAGGGUGCGGGUUCGGCGCUCUUGGACCGGCCGCGUAGGCUAGAGGGAAUCGUGCGGGGCAUGGCCACGGUCCUCUCGUGCCCGCUGACCGUCAAGGUGCUGCUGCUGCUGCUCUGCCUGCUCGCCCACCCGCUCUCCCACGCGCGCUACCACCUCGUCGCCCCGCCCCGCCCCGCCCCGCCACAGCUGAAGCUUUUCGGUGCUCACGCCCGGCGCGCACAACAGAUCCGAACGGGCAAGGACGAGAAGGCGCCCAACGCCCACAAGCUCAUUCCGCUCCUGGCCGAGUGCGGCGCCGCCGCUGUCACACGCUACUCGAGGGAGGCCGACUGGAGCUACAUCCGCCAGUGCGCAGAGACCUCGCCCAUCCCCAUAAUCGGCAACGGAGACAUCUACGGGCCGCAGCAGGCGGCCGAGGCCAAGGCGGCUGGCGUGUCCACCAUCAUGGUGGCCCGUGGCGCGCUCAUCAAGCCCUGGGUGUUCACCGAGAUCAAGGAGAACAGGGACUGGGACAUCUCUGCUACGGAGCGGUUCGACCUGCUGAAGGACUUUGUCAAUUUCGGGCUCAUGCACUGGGGCUCGGACGACCAGGGCGUGGCGACGACGCGCGAGUUUUUGCUGCAGUGGCUGUCGUUCCUCCACCGCUAUGUGCCCAUCGGCCUCCUCGAGGUGAUGCCGCCGAAGCUGCAUCAGAGGCCGCCUCCCUUCUUCGGCCGCAGCGACUUUGAGACCUUGCUCGCCUCUCCUGUCGUCAAUGACUGGGUGUCGAUCAGUGAGAUGCUGCUGGGGCCGGUGCCCGAUGGCUUCACCUUCACUCCCAAACACAAAUCCAACGCCUACAAUGCCAACAUUGAAGGAUAG